AUGGCUCCAUCCCACAAGUCAGACGAAAGAGUGUACGACUCCGAAAGUGGGUCUGAAUAUGAAGAUGCCCAAUUUGAGCCUCCAAAGGGUUUCACUAAGGUUCCCCUCCAAGCGCCAAAGUCCAUGGACGACAAGGAGGUUUGGCUCAUCAAGACUCCCAAGGGAUUCCCACUUAAAAAAUUGAAGACAUUGCCUGUUUCUUUCACUUCCAGAAAGGUUAGAAAUGACGGUGUCAAGCCAGUUGAGGUGGACAAGACAAAGUACCAGGUUAACGAGGAACACUUUUCUUCAGACAACGCUAAAUACGCCAUCGUCAACGAGGAGUUGAGAGGCAAGCACAUCGACAGAUACUACACGAUAAGAGAGGUUGUUGAUAUUCCAAAGAUCGACUUUGGGGCUGUUACUGUUCCCAGAGAAGAUGUUGAGAAGAUCGAUGGCUUGAAGAUGAGACACUUCGCUACUGGAUAUGGCGCUAAGGAUUUCAAGGAGGCCCAGCCUAUUGCCGAGCUGAGACUAGACGAGGACGGCAGGGUGAUCAAGAAGGCCAAGGUCUCUUCGGACGAGUCUGUUGAGAAGAAGGAAAAGAAGGAUAAGAAGGAGAAGAAGGAGAAAAAGGACAAGAAAGAGAAGAAAGAUAAGAAGGAUAAGAAGAAGAAGGAAAAGAAGAGCCUGGCUUAA